AUGGUCUUCGUUGGUAAGACGGUAGCGCCGCGACGCCAGAGUCAGGCAACUGGGGGCCAUGGUCGGAGCCCAGCGACUGUUCGCGCUCCUGUGGCGGAGGCGUUGCUUUCCAGACGUCGAGACAGCAGUGAAACUGGUGUGGAUCUGUGCCAGGGUGGCAGCAAGAGGUACUUUUCCUGUAACAUCCAGGAUUGCCCCGAAGUUUCAACAGACUUCCGAGCAGAGCAAUGUGCCGAAUUUAAUGCAAUUCCGUUUGAAGGAAGAUAUUACAAAUGGGUGCCAUACACAAAAGCUCCAAAUAGAUGUGAAUUAAACUGCAUGCCCAAAGGCGAGAGAUUCUACUAUCGUCACAAAAGGAAAGUCAUUGACGGAACACGGUGCGAUGAAGAGAAGCUGGAUAUCUGCGUUGAUGGCCAGUGUUUGCCGGUGGGCUGCGACAUGAUGUUAGGAUCCACAGCCAGAGAAGAUAAAUGCAGGGAAUGUGGUGGAGAUGGCAGCAGCUGUAACACAGUUCGAGGGCUCCUGGAAAUGGACGAUGGCGAUCUUCAAGUCGGUUACAAUGAUAUUCUUCCAAUUAGGAACGUGACUGGUCACUAUUACUUAAAUGGAAACUGGAGGAUUGACUUCCCUCGAAGCCUCAAGUUUUCAGGCACCAUCUUCCAUUAUGAGAGGAAACCACAUGGCUUCUAUGCACCUGAGAGUAUUUUAGCUCUUGGACCAACAACAGAACCCAUCUACAUUGUUCUGCUGUAUCAGGAGACAAAUCCAGGAGUGCAAUAUGAAUAUAGCAUUCCCAAGGGAGUGGCACAACAAACUGACCCUGACAGUUAUUCUUGGAUAUUUGGAGAUUUCUCAGAAUGCAGUGCCACGUGUGGAGGAGGUAUAAAAUGUGUUAAAUUCUAA